CAAAAUUCAGAUCUCUUCGCCUCCCAACAACCGUAAGAACUACCGUAAGGUUAACCCGAAGAAUAAUGAGGGUCUUCAUUUUCACCUUCUUCACGCUCUUUUUGGUCUUUGCCCGCGCUCAGUUGGAGACGGUACUAGAUGCCGAUGGCGACACUGUCGUAGAGGACAUCACCACUAAUCGACAAGGGCUUCCGACCACUUCAAUUAUCUCAACCAUACUACCUGGUGCCGCCACUACUGCGACUACCGCAACUACCGCCACCACCGCAACCACUACCGCGAAAACUGCGACCACGGCUGCAACGACUCUUCAGCAAGGAGGAGGAGUAGUUGGUGCUCCAGGAACCACGAAUACUGUCGAUCCGAAUGGGCCGACUCCAUACACAUAUACCACAGUCAUUGCUGGUGUUACUACUGCAAUUGAAGCAACGUUUAUUCCGACCUUUACUACCGCCCUAGGCACACCUGCGCCUGCUACAGGCACAAUACUUGACUACAGCCAAUGGCUCAGUGAAUUUGGAUCUACUUCAACGGCAGCGGCGAGCAGCGCUUCCCGGGUCUCCUUCGGCCUAUCUGGACUGUUAGGAAUGGCGAUGUUCACCAUAGUGACAGCAAUGGGUCUAGGAUCGUUUGUUGUGUUUUCAUGAUGAAUUGUGAAGAGAUAGAGGCGGAGGCAGGGACUGAGGUGUCGGACGUCCUUAUUUAUGAUACUGUUGGAUGGGAUACUUCUCUAAUCAUACGGACAGCGAUUCUUAGUGUCGUUUCUGGAAUUGUACAAAAUCUAUUCUACUGCCUUGUUCGCUGUAGUGUCGUCUUAGCGCAGUAAACGUGGAAAUCGUUCGCUGUAUACAAAUUAAAUAACAUGACGUCAGCCUAAUUUUAUCAUUC